AUGCCUUUAGAAUCUAUAUGGGCUGAUGCCCCUAAUGAAGAAUCAACAAAGAAGCAGAAACCAAGUUACAAACGGAAUAACAAUAAUAAGCAUAAUACCACCAGGAAGAGUAGUGUAUCCAGAUCUAACAAUAAGAAAAAGGACACCGAUGGCAAGAUGGACAAUAAUAAGAAAAGCUAUGAACGUAAAGAAAAGAGCAAAAUAAAAGAAUUGUCUCCCAGACAAAAGAAUUCGUCUCAUACUCAGGGCAAAAUAUCUCCCGUAAGUGAUUCAGUCAAGAUAAAUCCUUUUUCUCAAAAGACUACUGAGGUAUCCCCUCCGCUAAUUUCACCUAGUAAAGUGAAGCCUGCUAAAACACAACGCAGAGUGGAUACCACUUCCAAAAUGAAUCUGUUAAAAAAGAAAAUCGAAGAACAAAGAGAAAUAUUGCAAAAAACUCACCAUAAAGAGCAACAGCAACAAGUUUUAAUGGAUUUCCUGAACGAUGAGGGGAGCUCUAACUGGAUCGACGACGACGAAGAGGAACUGAUUCUUCAGCGUUUAAAAUCCUCUUUGAGAAUAUAA